AUGUUGUUCGUAGUUUACACCUCUUCUCCCAUCCUCAUAGGAGUAUUGCUAGUUUAUAAUAAUUAAAAAUUAGAAAAACAUUAGAACUUUAAGAUAUAAUUUGGUUCAUUAUAUGCCAAUGUAAAGACUGAACAAUUUACGAGUUAUCUUUAUAACGUGGCUUUUAUCCUGAGGAGAUUACAGUUUGCUAUAAUGAUAGUUUUUGUUGGAAAUUACCCAUGUAUACAAAUUAUGACUUAGAUUUGGGUCAGCUUUAUGUGCAUUUUUUAUGUAUUCUCUCAAAAACCUUUCAUAGAAAAAUCAGACAAUAUCACGGAAUUCUUCAAUGAGAUGACUAUACUAUUGGUAUUGUGCUUUCUAACAACAAAUGUUAGUGCAACCUCUACUAUUGAUACUUAAUAUGAAUUAGGAUUCUUCAUGAUUGGAAUAAUUGUUAUCAAUAUUUUGGUAAAUUUUGGACUAUUUCUGAAAGUGAAUAUUUUCAAGUUUUACCAAUUUAUAAGAGAUUUUCCCAAACUUAGGUAGAAAUGGAAAUAGCAAAAGUAUUAAGACCAAGCAGAUUAGAUUUAGAUUGAAGGAGAUGAAUUUGAUAAAAUUAACCUUACUCAGUCAAAUUACACCACCAAAUUCGAAGAUCAAUCAAAUGAUUCAUUUGAUACCUCCAUAUAGAUUAGAAUUGAAUAGAAGAAAUAAGAAAGAGUAUAAAUAUUUGCUCAGUAAAUAUCAGAAGUUAUAAAUAAAGCUAAAUUUAAAGAAGCCAAGGAGAAGAUUAAGAAAAAUUUCAUGAAUGCCAAAGAAUCAGCUUUAGAUGGGAGUUUGAAAAGAUAAUAGCUAGAUACUAAAAUAUUCAUGAAAGUUUAAUAAGAAAUAAAAAAACUCGAUUAGUAAAAAAAAACUUUUAAAUCUAUUGAUUCCGAAAUUACAGCAAACAAUAACUCAUAUUAGGCUUAAAGCUAUCUCAGUAAUUUGAUUAGAAAUGUAGCAUUCAAACAUUAAAAAGAAAGUUAAACAUGA